AUGAACGACGACGGCAAGAAGAUGCCCGAUACUUCUUACGCCAUGGACGACGACGAAGAGAAGACGCCCACCUGCUUCGCCUGGUGGAAACGCCUCAAGAAGCUCUUCAAGCGGCGCAUGCGAGCAAAGAAGCCAAAAUGCAUUGCCGACGACAAAGAAGCUGUCAGCCACGAUCAGGACAAUGAAGUCAAAGAAAAAGACAGUGAAAAGAAUCGUGCGCUCGAGGAAGACCAGGAAGAAGGGGCGAUGGAUGAAGGCCAAGAGGAAACGGCCGUAGGAGAAAAGCACGGCGAGGGAAACGUGGAAGAAGUAAUCCACAUAGAGAAGGGUAUUGAUGAGGUUGUGAAGGGAGAAAUGGAGGAAGAAACAGUGGAAGAAGUAAUCCACUCAGAGGAGGUUGUGAAGGAAGACAUAGAGGAAGAAACAGUGGAAGAAGUAAUCCACUCAGAGGAGGUUGUGAAGGAAGAAAUGGAGGAAGAAACAGUGGAAGAAGUAAUCCACUCAGAGGAAGCUGUGAAGGAAGAAAUAGAGGAAGAAACAGUGGAAGAAGUAAUCCACUCAGAGGAGGUUGUGAAGGAAGAAAUGGAGGAAGAAACAGUGGAAGAAAUAAUCCACUCAGAGAAGGAAGACGAAGAGGAGGGAAGCGUGGCGGCGGAGGCGCAGGCGGAGGGCCUCGCUCUGGGCUCGCUGUGUGUGAGCGGCAAGGCUCCUGCAGCAGACGAGGAUGGCUGGACUGUGGUCCACCACAGGAAGAGGAGGCCAAAGGGAAAGGAAGCGCUGCCUGGCUUGGCUCAGGCGAAGGCGUCCUCGGGGGAGGCGCCGCGCCCACCAGCCAAGUCAAAGCCCCGAAAGGCCCGCAAGGAAAGGCAGCAGGCGGUGUCCAGCGUGCGCGCCUCGUGGCAGGAGGAGGUGACGGAGGUAGUGGUGCCCGUGGAACCCAACAUGCGGCGCCACAUCGUGGGACCGAGGGGCGCCACCCUCCGAGAACUGCUGCGAGAGUUUGACGGUGUGAGUGUGGCGGUACCGCCACCGCGAGACACCGUCACCCGCACCGUCACGCUGCGCGGCCCGCCGCUGCAAGUGAACGGUGCCGCUAAGCGCGUGCAGAGUCUGCUGCAGGACGCGCAGGUGGUCGAGGCGCAGGUGGAGGUGGUACCCGUGCAGAGGCGCCACGUGGUGGGUCCCGGCGGCGCCACCGUCAGGAGACUCCGGCGGCAGUUCCCUGGCGUGGCCGUGAUUGUGCCCGCCGCGGACAACAGGGCAGCUCGCUUUGUGCGGCUGAAGGGCCCGCGCCGCCAGGUGACCGGUGCCCAGGCCUUCAUACAGGCCUGCCUGGAGGCUGCCCACGCUGCCCACACCACCCCCGGUCACGUCCGCCCAACUGCAAACCAUCUCCCUGCAAAUCACGGCCCCUCCUGCCAUACCGCCCACCACCCUUCCCGCCGGUGA